CCCGGCUCCAUGAUGGCCAUCUACCGCGCCCCGCUGCUCAUGACGCAAGGUCCGCCCUCAGUGGUGCGUCCGGGUGACAUCCGGGCACUCAUGUUCGCGCAGCGGCGGAGGGGCCGGGGCGGCGGCAUGGCUGGGGCCGGUGCCCGUCGGGUGGUGGACACGCCCGGCGCAUCACAAGACAUUCGCGCCGCGAGGGCGGAGCAUUACGAGGAUGACAGCGAGGAGGGGCACGGCGAGGGAGCUGAUGAAGACGAGGAGGCGGAGGAGGUCGAGGACUCCGAAGACCCACGGGUCGGCCACGACGCAUCGGAGGAUGAGGAGGGAGAAGGCGAAGAGGAGGAUGAGGAGGAAGAGGCGUACGACCCCCUUGCACGCAGGAUGGCGAAGGGUCUGAAGCUCGCACAGCGCAACGCUCAAGCCCAACGA